AUGGGUAACAAAAUGUCAUCAUUUUAUUGUUUGUUCAUCUUCUUCUUUUCGGUGGCUUCAAGCACAUUGCUUCAUUUUGAUGUUUCACCUUUCCUUCCACUAUUCAGUGGCCCAAAACUUGAAAUAGAAGGCUUCAUGAAUAUGUACCACAAUAACACCAUAGAGAGAUUAGACGACGACAUUGUCCCUCCAUCAUCAACCGAUCCCAAAACCAGUGUCAAAUCCAAAGACGUCGUGAUUUCCCCACAAAAUGGUGUAUCUGCUAGGCUUUACAUCCCCAUUUCCAUUCCCACCCUCCAAGGACACAAACUUCCUUUAGUAAUUUAUAUCCACGGUGGAGGUUUUUGCUCUGGAAGUGCUUUCAAUCCGAUUUACCAUAACUACGUUAGCUCACUUGUGGCGAAUGCUAAUGUCGUCGCGUUAUCUAUUAAUUAUAGGGAAGCCCCAGAGCAUCCUAUUCCCGCGGCUUACCAAGAUUCAUCGUCUGCACUAAGGUGGGUUGCUCAACACUCCAAGGGAGGUGGUGGUGGUGAGGCAUGGCUCAAUGACUAUGUUGACUUUCAAAGUGUGUACCUUGUUGGAGACGUUGCAGGUGCUAAUAUAGCACACAAUGUUGCAAUGUGGGCCGGUCAAGAAGAUUUGGAGGGUUUCAUGCUUGCGGGUAUGGUUCUAAUGAGCCCAUUUUUUUGGGGCAAAAAACCAAUUGGUGAGCAUGAGCCCAAAGAAAUCCAAAUAAGAAAUUUGGUCCAUACCUCGUGGUACGUAGCGACAGGGAUGAAAAUCGAGUUGGAUGACCCGAGGUUAAACCCGAUUGUGGAUCCGAAUUUGUCGAAACUAGGGUGCACGAGGGUGCUGGUAUGUGUUGCUGAGAAUGAUCGGUUGAGAGAUAGGGGUGAGUAUUACUACAAGGCAUUGGGUAAGAGUGGUUGGAAUGGAGAAGUGGAGCUUUAUGAGACUAAAGGUGAGAGCAAUGUGUUCCAAUUGAGAGAACCCGAUAGUGCAAAUUCUCAUGCCCUACUCAAUAAAGUGUCUUCUUUCGUAAACAAACAUGCCUAG